AUGCUGCGGAACGCGGCGUGCGGGCGGGCGCCUGCGUGGCCGAACAACGACGCGCGGCCGGAGCUGCAGACGCUGCGGGGUCGUGUGCUGCGCCAUGUGCUGCUGUGGCUGCUCUUCGGGCUGUGGAUCGUGGGGCUGGCGACGUUCAUCGGGCUGUGGCUCUACUCGGGCUACUGCGUGGCGCGCUCGGCUUGGGGCACGGUGCAACUCGGCAGCUGGACGGGAGCCACGCCGCUGCCGUCCACUGUGCAGGUGUAUCUGACUUUGACGGCCAUGUACGAGGGCUACCACUUGGUGACGCGGCAGUCGCAGCACCUGUGGCCGCUGAUGCGACGCAUGGCCCGCUACGUCUUCCUGCGCUACCCGUACUUCCGCCUGAGCGUCGUGGUGUUUGAAGAGCGCGAGGAAGCGAAACAAAGAGCAAGACGCGAACAGCAGGAGCCGGAGAAGGAGGAAGACGGCGAUGAAAGUGACGGAGACAAGCGCAGCACUGGACACUUGAGUGUGGGGGCGGCGGCUGCAGCAGUGGAGGAGAACGACGUGACGCCAUUCGUCGAGCCGAAUACGCGCGCGCUGUUCACGUUCCACCCACACGGCGUGCUGACCUGCGGCUUCUCGCUCAAUGGAGCCCACCACAUGGCCUUUCAACGCGCUGCGUGCCGCUGGAUCUCGGCCGAGAACCUCUUCUACUUCCCGAUCAUGCGCGACAUUCUGCACUGGAUGGAGUUUAGCAGCAGCACCAAGGCGAGUAUGCAGAGCAUUAUGCGCACGGGACAGAACCUAUGUCUAUUACCCGGUGGCUUCGAGGAAGCCACACUCUUCCAGCGGGGCAAGCACCGCGUGUACAUCAAGAAGCGCUUCGGCUUCAUCAAAUUGGCGCUGCAGCACGGCUACGACAUCUACCCGGCGUACACUUUCGGCGAAGAGUACACGUACCAUGCCUUCCCGUAUCUGCAGUGGCUUCGACUAAAGCUGAACCAGUUCCGGAUCCCUGGCACCGUCUUCUUCGGCCUGCCCAUGUGCUUCUUCCUGCCGCGCCCCGACGUCGACCUCAUCACCGUCGUCGGCAAGCCGCUGCGCCUUCCGCACGUUGAGCACCCGAGUAGAGAGCUGGUAAAGGAGUGCCACGACAAGUACGUUGAAGCACUGCGAGACCUCUUCGACACGUACAAGGGCGUCUACGCGGUCGACCCGAAGGCCGAGCUAGAGCUAUUCUGA